AUGCAUUUGGAAAAUCAGGAAAAUAAUCGAAAAAAUCAUGAAAUUAAUCCAUACGAAAACAAACCUUAUUCAACAGAGUAUUACAGAAUACUUGAAACUCGUAAAAAACUUCCGGUUUACGAAUACAAAGAUCAAAUUUUAAAAAUCGUUAGAGAAAGUAAUGUUUGCAUUAUCGAGGGUAAUACAGGAUCAGGUAAAACAACUCAAAUACCACAAUUUAUACUUGAAUCAGGAAUUUUAAAUCCAAAACAAUCAAUGAUUUGCUCUCAGCCAAGAAGAGUCGCUGCAAUCAAUGUAGCAACUCGUGUUUCAGCAGAACUAGACUGCAAACUUGGUGGGAUUGUUGGUUACAACGUAAGAUUUGACAAAUGCAUUUCGGAUCAAACAAAAUUAAUUUAUAUGACAGAUGGACUUCUUCUUAGAGAGUUUCUUCUCGAUCCGUACCUAAGAAAUUAUGGAGUUAUCAUCAUAGAUGAAGCACAUGAAAGAACAAUAAAUACAGACAUCAUUCUUGGCCUUUUACAUCAAGCUUUAUCGCAUAGAAAAGAUUUAAAGCUUAUUGUUAUGUCUGCCACUCUAGAAGCAACUAAAUUUACAAAGUUUUUCACAAUAAAUGAAAAAAUUCCUCCUCAUCUAUCUAUUCCUGGCCGAUUACACCCAGUUACAAUUGAAUAUGAGACUGUGAAGGUUGACAAUUACGUAGAAAAAGCCAUUGAAAAAGCAAUUUUUAUUCAUGAAAAAGAAGGAUCAGGCGAUAUUUUGAUAUUUUUGACUGGUGAAGAUGAAAUUGAGCAUUGCUGCAGUGUAUUGAGAUCAAAGCUUAAACCAGAACUAGCUACAGGAGCGAGAAUUUCCGAAAUUAAAGUAUUUCCUUUAUAUUCUUCUUUGCCAUUGAUAGAACAGACAAAAGUUUUUGUUCCUCCAUCGGAAUCAGUGCGAAAGGUGAUUGUUGCAACCAAUAUUGCUGAAACAUCAUUGACAAUUGAUGGAAUUGUCUUUGUAAUUGACUCAGGAUUGGUCAAACAAACGAUGUACGUACCGAAACGAAGAAUGUCAUCACUCCAAGUAACUAAUGUCUCACGAGCAAGCUCUAUUCAACGUUCAGGACGUGCUGGAAGAACAAGGCCAGGAAAAUGCUUCAGAUUAUACACCGAAAAAGAUUUUAAUGAAGUUCUUCCCGACCAAACGGAGCCAGAGAUCAGUCGCAGCAAUCUAUCAAGUGUUCUCUUGCUCAUGCUUGCAGUCGGCAUCAAGGAUAUUCCAGGAUUUCCUUUCAUCGACAUGCCGCACAGACAUUUAAUUCGUGCGGCCAUCGAGGAACUUCACUUUUUGGGCGCUGUUGACAGUAAUUGUCAAUUGACUGAUAUCGGGCGCUUGAUGUCCCAAUUCCCUUUGGAACCAGGAUUAAGUCGUGCAUUGAUACAAGCUAAAGAUUUCGGAUGCAACAAAGAAGUUGCAGCUUUAGUUUCUUUGCUUUCUGAACAAGGACAAGUGUUUUUGAGGCCAAAGAAGGAUCUCGAACGGGCAUUGCAAAUGCAGAUGCAGUUCAAGAACCAAACAAGUGACCACAUAACAUUGUUAACUGCGUUUGAAGCUUUUACAAUUUUCAAAAGUGAAAAAUUUUGUAAUGAAAAUUUUCUGAAUUUUCGGACAUUGGAAAGUGCAUUGAAAUCUCAAGGACAGCUAAUAGAGAUGAUGCAGAAAAUGAAUAUUCCUGUUGUGUCCGCAUCAAGGAUUAAUCCAAAUAGAAACAAACUAAUUUUACAAUCACUUUUGACUGGAUUGUUUACAAAUGUUGCUUUUUAUGAUAAGUCAGGAUAUUUGUUUUCUGAGUGUUUGGAGGCAGCACCAAUACACAGAGCUUCCUGCUUAUGGGGAAAGACUCCGAAAUGGGUUCUGUUCUCAGAAUAUGUGUUCACUGAUAAAGGAUACAUAAGAACUGUCUCCGAAAUCGAUGAAAGUUGGAUUGUUCCAUCAAGUGAAGAAUACUUUGAGUCAAGUAGAUUCAAAGGACGUCCUGUUCAACAGAUGUUUGCUAACUUAUAUCAGAAAUACGCUAAAAAGCAAGGAAAAUAA